AUGAUUUCGCCACGUUCUCGCCGUGUAUCACUGUCGCCACUACUGGCGACAGCAACAUCGAUGCUAGUCCUUGCCACUGUGCUCCAGUCGCGUCUGACUAUAGCGAGGACAGAUUCGUCCCCCGCCCACGUGGACUUUGAGUAUUCGGACACGCUCUGUGGCACGGCAUGGCGGGACGACUACGUCCGCCUGCACUCCGCCAUUCGCGCCGCCAGUUCCGCUGCCUACACCCCCCCUCCCUCUCCCACUCCCCCUCCCUCCUCUCGCCGAUUGCUCGCUCUCGCAAAUUCCCCAUCACCCGUACCACCAACCGCAUCAGCAGCAGCAGCGGCAGUCCCAGACCCAAGCCUGUCAGAUCAGGCCCUCCCAGCUUCGUCCGUUCGCUUCCUCACGUUUGACGAGCUCGGGCACUGCGGCGGGUUCGGGGACUUUCUAGUGGGCGUCGUCUCCUCCUUUGUCGCUGCACUUUUAGACCGCCGGGCGUUUGUAAUCCGGCACGACUGCAUCCAGUACGCGUUUGAGCCCGCAUUCAUCGACUGGCGCCCGUCCCCUGAUGUUCCCAUGGAGCCUUCCCGGCGCACGGGUAACCUGAACGAGUCUUUCCCGCCGGGGGUGAUUCCGUUUCUCGAUUUGAACGGGAAUCGGGUGGAUUUGCAGCAGCUGGCGAAGUUUAAGGCGUUUCGGAACGUGAAGGUGCUGUGGAACCGGGGGAUUCUGACGGAGAUGCUUACAAAGAGAAAGGGCGAGUGGGCCGAUGCGCUCAGGGCGACCGGGCUGCGCCCACCGUAUGCCUUCGGCUGCAUUCUCCGAUUCCUUGUCAGGCCCAGGAAGGAGGUGUGGCCGCUGGUGGCGCGGCUGAUGCAGGAGAUGCGAGAGGUGAGGACGGUGGUGGUGGGGGUGCACGUGCGGUUGAGCGACAGUGUGGUGCGCGACCCGCACGCCACCACCAGCAGCGUCACUCCCGCCUCCAUGGCUGCUGCUAUGGAGCACGCUGCUCCCAUCCUUGCCUGUGCCAAGGCAGUGGAGGACAUGUGGUACCCCCCGCCUCUCACCGUGCGCUGGAUGCUCAUCACCAACUCCAUCGACUUCAAGAUGGCCAUCCGCUCGCACUUUCCCGGCAAG